UGUAAUAGAUUCCCCCUCCCCUAUCCCAAUUGUGCCAAUAACUGUUCCACAUGCAAGCCGCUCGUAUCUGAAAUCGUUUAGCUUGUACUUACUGACCACCUGGAGCCAUCUAAUAACCUGCCUGCUGCGGACUCUCGCUCAAGGCAAAGGCAAACCCGAGGGCUCUUAGGGUUAGUGGCGUUUGCACCAAGGGGUGGGAGUAACGUGUAGGGAGAGAAAGAUUCUCCCAGCGCCCCGCCAGCCCCCUCCCUCCAGUGCUUUGGGUCUGGCUUGGCGCAGCAGAGCAGGCUGAGCUUGGCUGAACGGAGCAUCAGAGCCCUGACUCCUCCUCCCGUGCAAGCCCCGCUAUUUGAGCUUUGGGAACUUGAGGGCGGCCAGGCAGCAUCCGAGGUAGGGAGUUCGAGGCGGCUCGCGCGCCCCGUUGCUCUCCCGGUGCUGUCGGAGUAAGGGGCGAACCUGGAGAACAACCUUGCCCUGGCGCUGCUGCCGGCUCCCGCAGGGCUGGACCCGGGGACUUGUGUUCCGGAGCAAGCUUCCCCCAAGGGGCUGAGCUCGGCAGCCUGGUGCCUGCAGCCGGAGCCGGGCUCUGGCUUGGCAGGCAGGGGGCAGGUCGCCUGGAAUAAGUGCGGCCCGGGGGGGGACUGGCUCCCCGGCAGGAGGAAAGUUUGCGACCAGAUGGGCUCCGACGUGCGAGAUCUCAACGCCCUGCUCCCCUCCGUGUCCUCCCUGCCGGGCAACAGCAACUGCGCCAUGCCGGUGAGCAGCGCAGCGCAGUGGGCGCCGGUCCUGGACUUCCCCCCGGGGGCGUCCUACGGCUCGCUGGCCCCGCACUCCUUCAUCAAGCAGGAGCCCAGCUGGACCGCCUCGGACCCCCACGAGGAGCAGUGCCUGAGCGCCUUCACCGUCCACUUCUCCGGCCAGUUCACCGGCACGGCCGGCGCCUGCCGCUACGGACCCUUCGGAGCCCCCGCGCCCAGCCAGGCGCCCUCCGGCCAGGCUCGGAUGUUCCCCAACGGCGCCUAUCUGCCCAACUGCUUGGAGAGCCAGCAAGCCAUCCGCAACCAGGGUUACAGCGCAGUGGCGUUUGAUGGGACUCCAAGUUACGGCCACACUCCCUCUCACCACGCAGCGCAGUUUACAAACCACUCCUUCAAACAUGAGGACCCCAUCAGUCAACAGACCUCUCUAGGCGAUCAACAGUACUCGGUACCUCCACCAGUGUACGGCUGUCACACCCCCACAGACAGCUGCACAGGCAGCCAGGCCCUGCUCCUGAGGACCCCCUAUAACAGUGACAAUUUAUACCAAAUGACCUCACAGCUUGAAUGCAUGACAUGGAAUCAAAUGAACUUGGGAUCUACAUUAAAGGGCCAUGCAACAGGAUAUGAGAGUGACAACCACACUGGUCCUAUGUUAUACAGCUGUGGGGCCCAAUAUAGAAUACACACCCAUGGAGUCUUUAGAGGAAUACAAGAUGUUCGGCGAGUGCCAGGAGUAGCUCCAACUAUUGUCCGAUCAGCUAGUGAGACGAAUGAAAAACGUCCCUUCAUGUGUGCAUACCCUGGCUGUAACAAACGAUACUUUAAAUUGUCCCAUUUACAGAUGCACAGCAGAAAGCACACUGGUGAGAAACCGUACCAAUGCGACUUUAAGGACUGUGAGCGAAGGUUCUCUCGUUCAGACCAACUCAAACGACACCAAAGACGACACACAGGUGUGAAACCCUUCCAGUGUAAAACCUGUCAGAGAAAGUUCUCCAGAUCUGAUCAUCUGAAGACUCAUACCAGGACUCAUACAGGUAAAACAAUGGAACAUGUGAGGUCUGCUUGACUUGGAGAGCAGUGAGGAACUUUCUGAACCAGCUCGCCAAGCCUGAGACUAAGCUCCAUAGACCUCUUCUUACCCAGCUCCAUAAGUCUUCACUGUGCAUUGAUGGCUUGAUAGAGCCUAUUGAAGUCAUUGGAAAUGACUGACUUCCUUGGGCAUUGGAUCAGGCUUUAAAGAAUAACCACUGGUGUGCCAGGCCCAUGUGCUUCCUUCAGGAAUGUGCUGUUGCAAAUGUUCAGCUUAAUCUUAAAAGGGCAUCUUUAAAACAUGGGUUGAGUGAGAAAUGCUCUCAUUUAGGGCCUGGGCAAAGCACUGAGCAUUGAAGUGAAUGGGAGUUGAGGGCAUUCAGUGCCUUAAAGAGCUGGGCCCAUAAUUAGUUUCCUAUUGAAAGGAGUUACAAAGAAACAAAAUAAAUGGUAAAUGUUUCAGUCCAUCUCUAUGCCAGUUAAACAAUGGGGUGUUUUUGUUAACAGGUGAAAAACCAUUCAGCUGUAGAUGGCCCAGCUGUCAAAAAAAAUUUGCCAGAUCCGAUGAAUUAGUCCGUCAUCACAACAUGCACCAGAGGAACAUGACUAAACUUCAGUUGGCCCUUUAGACAAUUCAAACAAAUGAAUAAACCAGAUGGGACAUUAUGAACUACUGCAAACUUUUCCAUCAUCCUUGACCACCUCUUUAGGAAAGUUACGGCUGUCUUCACUACCCAGCUGAGACAAGUUAACUAAACCGUAGGAUUCUGUUCAGUUUUGUCAUCCAUUUGGCCUUUAAAAAAAAAAAAUUCCCAUUCAAUGUUAAGUGGUUUUAUUUUGUUACAUUGUUAUGGAAUUACAAAUACUGUUACAGUUAAAAUAUUACUAUGAACUAUAGUUACUUUUGAUUUUUUCUAAAAAGCUUUCAAUUUUUAUUUCUACUUGAACUUUUCCACGUGCAAUUUCAUUGCACCUUAUUCAGUUAAACCGUGUGUAGGGCAUGUGUGCAUGUCUGCUAAGGUAAGCUUUGUGCUUACUGCAAAUGUGCAUAUGGUUAGGUUUCCAAAUUCUAAUACAACCACAUACUCCAAAAAAACACCUGAGACAUUUUUGGUAAGCUUUGUACUUCUACUGCCUAAGGGCAAUUUUUUAAAAUGUGAGGUCUGAUUUGAAUUUCAAAAAUCAACUUAAAAAAAAAAACCAGUUUCUAGAGCAGCUAAAGCUAGAUGAAGCAGUACCACUUUGUGCAGAAAAUGAGAAUCUUACAAUUAAGUUAACUUGCUUUUAACAUUAUAGCAUUGAUCCCACAAAAUUGUAUUUUCUCUGUUUUUAAAUCAUUUUUUUUGUACUGGUUUAAAUUUAUUCCAUCAUGAGAUGCACAGAUCUCCUUCUUACCCCAAACAGAUUCCAGUCAUUGUAGACAUUUGGGAUUUGUUUACAAUGUAAACCACACUGGUUAUGUGGUUAGCAAGCUGUAUAAACUUAAAACUGAACUUAAAUGGGGCUGGUCCAGGAUCUCCAUUGACAGAUUACUCUUAAGAUAAGUAACUUAAAAAGACUCUUCAUCAAGUAUA